CGUUAAAACGGAGGGAACUGGGACAAACUAACUUAACCGACCGUGGCUGAUGACAUGAAUUGCAGGAACCUCGCCAGAGCAUCUCUCCCGCCUCUCGACCGGAACUCCUUCCUUCGCCUCCUCGAGGGCUCCGCCGCCGUCUCACAACUCGCCCAGACCCACGCCCAGAUCAUCGUCAGCGGCUACAAGAACGACAUAUCCCCCGUCACCAAGCUCAUCCACAAGCUCUGCGACUUUAAGGCCGUAGCCUACGCCCGCGCCCUCUUCCUCUCCGUCCCGAAGCCCGACCUCUUCCUCUUCAACGUACUCAUCAGGGGGUUCUCCGGCUGCGGCUCUCCGGCAUCUUCAGUCUCCCUGUACACCCACCUGAGAAGGAACACUCCUCUGCGCCCUGAUAACUUCACUUACGCCUUUGCAGUCUCGUCGUCGUCGGGGCUCGCAAGCGAGAAAGUUGGAUUCUUGCUUCAUGGACAUGCACUGGUCGAUGGUUUCGGGUCCGACUUAUUCGUCGGGUCCUCCUUGGUCGAUUUCUACUUCAAGUUUUCAAGGGUCGAGCUGGCGCAGAAGGUGUUCGACCGAAUGCCCGAGAAAGACACCGUCCUGUGGAAUACCAUGAUUUCUGGACUGGUGAAGAACUGCUGCUUCGAAGAUUCGAUUAGUGUCUUUGCAGAGAUGGCUGCCGGAAGUGGGGUCCGCUUGGACCCAACGUCAGUGGCCUCUGUUCUCCCUGCGGCAGCAGAGUUGCAAUGGCUUAGAAUUGGAGCAGGAAUCCAGUGCUUGGCGCUAAAACUCGGGUUCAGUUCUCAUGUUCAUGUGUUGACGGGCCUCAUAUCCCUGUAUUCGAAAAGCAGUGACAUGGACACAUCAAAGGCAUUGUUUGAGCAGAUCAACCGGCCCGAUUUGGUAUCGUACAAUGCUAUGAUUUCUGGAUAUACUACUAAUUCAGACACUGAGUCGUCCCUCAGGUUGUUCAAGGAGUUGCUUGAACUUGGUUUUCAAGUCAACUCAAGCACAAUUGUGGGGUUAAUUCCCGUAUUUUAUCCAUUUGGUCAUUUAAGCCUAACUCGCUCUGUUCAUAGCUUUUCUGUGAAGUCGGGUGUCAUCUCAAAUGCUGCUGUUUCAACUGCAUUAACUACCGUAUACAGUAGAUUGAAUGAAAUAGAACCUGCUCGGCUGAUUUUCGAUGAAUCAAGGGAGAAAACCUUAGCUUCUUGGAAUGCCAUGAUCUCAGGUUAUGCUCAGAAUGGUCUCACAGAGAAAGCGAUUGCCCUUUUCCGAGAUAUGCAGGUCUCCAGAGUGGAUCCAAAUCCGGUUACUGUGACUAGCAUUCUCUCGGCCUGCGCACAGCUCGGGGCUCUCAGUCUAGGAAAGUGGGUCCAUGACCUGAUAAGAAGAAAGGGUUUCCUCUCCAACUUAUAUGUCUUAACGGCUCUUAUUGACAUGUACACUAAGUGUGGAAGCAUUGAAGAGGCUCGAAAUUUAUUUGAUAAUGCAACCGAGAAGAAUGCGGUCACUUGGAACUCCAUGAUCUCAGGAUAUGGUCUUCACGGGCACGGGCAGGAAGCCCUGAAGCUCUUCGAUGAAAUGUUGAAGUCUGGGGUUUCGCCCUCUGCAGUUACCUUCCUCUCAGUUCUGUAUGCUUGUAGCCAUGCAGGUCUCGUGGACAAAGGAGAAGAGAUCUUCCAUUUUAUGGUGCAUGAUUUUGGGUUUGAGCCAUUGCCUGAGCACUAUGCCUGCAUGGUCGAUGUCCUUGGUCGGGCAGGGCAGUUGGAGAGAGCGCUGGAGUUUAUAAAGUCAAUGAGAGUGGUGCCGGGGCCCCCAGUGUGGGGUGCAUUGCUAGGUGCCUGCAUGAUCCACAAGAACACAAGACUAGCACAAGAGGCCUCUGAGAAGUUAUUCAAUUUGGACUCAGAGAAUGUCGGAUAUUAUGUCUUGCUCUCGAAUAUAUACUCGGUAGAUAAGAAUUACUCACAGGCUGCUUUGGUGAGACAAGUUGUGAAGCAUAGAAACUUGGCAAAAACUCCAGGUGCUACCUUAAUAGAGAUCAGUGACGUUCCUUACGUGUUCACAGCAGGGGACAACUCUCAUCCACAAACAAAGGCAAUAUAUACGAUGCUGGAGAAGUUGUCAGGGAAGAUGUUAGAAGCUGGGUAUAAGCCGGAGACUGUGACAGCCCUACACGAUGUGGAAGAAGAAGAGAAGGAGCUCAUGGUGAAGAUUCACAGUGAGAAGUUGGCAAUAGCCUUUGGUCUAAUUGAGAGCAAACCUGGGACAGAAAUUAGAAUCUUUAAGAACCUUAGGGUCUGUUUGGACUGCCACAGUUGGACGAAAUUUGCAUCGAAGAUUACAGAGAGGGUUAUUGUUGUCAGGGAUGCCAAUAGGUUUCAUCACUUUAAGGAUGGAGUCUGUUCUUGUGGAGACUAUUGGUGAAGCAAGAAAAGAGAAGAGAAUUUGUUUCUCAUUCUUUUAUUAUUCUUUGAUAAGAAAAGUUUUGAUGAGAUGCUACUUGAUCAGUUUGAUUUCGUCAAUGCAUUGGCCUUGAUUGAUUUCUUUUUGCUC